AAACGUGCACGUGCAGGCGGCCGGCAUACGUCAUGGCGGCCAGGCGCCUUUUCGUUGCUACGUGGAGCUCGGCCGGCUGGCGGGUUCGGGAGCUCCCGGAUCCCGCCGCUUCUGUAAGACUCCAUGUACGAGAUUAUGCCAAGAGACCGGUCAUUAAGGGGGGCAAAGGCGCUGUGGUCGGUGAGGCCCUGAAGGGCCCAGAGGUGUGUACAGACCCCAUCCGGCUCACCACGCACGCCAUGGGUGUCAACAUCUACAAGGAGGGCCAGGAUGUGGUCCUGAAGCCGGAUUCCGAAUACCCAGAGUGGCUGUUCCAGAUGAACAUGGGUCCCCCCAAGAAUCUGGAGGAGCUGGACCCCGAGACCCGGGAGUACUGGCGGCUGCUGCGGAAACACAACAUCUGGCGCCACAACCGGCUGAGCAAGAACCAGAAGUUCUAGCGGGGGAGGGACCAGAGCACCCUGACCCUCCAGUGACCUGGAGGAGAUGCGGUGGGUUGGGGGUACCUCCCCCAGCCCACCCCCUGGACUUUUUAUUUUCUGGAAGAACAGACUUCUCCGAGAACAGAGGAGACUACCCCCCUCACUGGGGUUACUGGGUAGCCCCUGCAUUGAGGCUGAAUCAGGGCCCUGGGGGCCAAUAAAGACUUCUUGGGGCAAUUGUUGGCAGGCUCCAGAUGCCUCUGGGUGUUGUCGCAUGUCAGGGCCAGGAGGGACUUGGGGCAGGCGUUGGGGAGGCGGGCACUUCAGACCCAGUGGUCCCAUGGCCCAGCCUCCACCCUCAAUGAGUGCUGGGCAUCUGCAGGUCCAUCUUCCCCUCGCCUCACUGAGCUGCUCACCCUCAUUCCUGGAAUUCCUAGCGUUGCCCAAGAGGCCCCAAUCUGCAUCCUCGAGGGGGAGGGUUUUCUAGCCAAGCUGCUCUGGGUUGCACUGGACUCACACCUGAAUCAAGUCAUCCGGAGAAGAGAGUCCUUGUGAGCUUCAGGAACUGAAAUGUCCAGGGGUAUGGUCUGACUUCAGGCACAGCUGGAUCCAGGUGCUUCAGUAUUCAGCUGUGUGACUCUCCAUCUCUGGGUCCUUUUAACUCCAGUGGGUAGUUCCCUCGGGCAGGGGUGGCUCCAGGGCUUCUAGCUGACACCCCCCCAUCCAGUUCAGCAAGCCCAGCCAGAAGGAAGGGACUUCUCAAUCCUUUCUGCCAGGGUCACAGGGGUUAUCUUCAUUGUCCAGUCACUUGAGCCGAGGGACCUGGGCCUACUCAUCAUUCUCCUGUCCAUCCACCCCCACUGGUGCCCACCAGAUUGAAGGAAGCUGGAGGACACACACAGUGCCAGGACCACACUGCUUGGGGGGCUGGACCAGGGCCCUCUCGCCCUCCAGGCUCCUCCAGAGCUGGACGGAUCGGGAAGGGCAGGGUCCCCGAGGCUAAUUCUGUCUGGUCCCGGGAAAAUGAGGGCCCUCAUCCUCUUAGGAGGACUCUGCCAGGCGGAUUACCCCAUACCUGCCCUCACUGGUGGCCUGUUCUGGGCAGGCGGAUCGUCCCAACCCUCCGAUGGUUCCCCAUGGCUCUCGGGAAAAACUGAAGUUGUAAUGGCCACGGGCCUCCUCACUGUUCAUCCAACGUGCCAAGCAUGGUGCUGCUCCUGGGCCCUCUGCCUGCGCCGCUCUUCCCCCGGAUGUUCUCAGGGCUCCCUCUUUCACCUCCAGGCCUUUGCUCUGACGUUGCCUUCUCAUUGACGCCUCCCCUGACUAUCCUAUUAAAUUGCAACCCUGC